UGCAACGCGGCUCGAACUCGUUUCUAACCAAAAGAUUACACGGAAUAGAAAAACAACAACAAAGAGAGAAAAAAACCCUAAUGCUCUUAAUUAAUCACCAUUUUCCUCUUUUGAACCCAAACUCAUCGUCAUCAUUCAUCACUCAAUCAGGUUAAACAUAUCUCAAACCAGAUCUACAAUUUCUUCACAAAUUUCGAACAACAUCUAUACAUACAUACAUGUACAGAGGCUGAGGUCAAUCGUCGGCAAGGUCGGCGAUGGUUGGAGGAGGUGGACCGUUGGAUCGGAAACGAAUCAACGAUGCGUUGGAUAAGCAGUUAGAGAAGACGUCAUCUUCAUCCACUUCUAGGUUUUUCAACAAGGAGAAAGACAGAAUAUACAUGCCGUCAACUUCCGCCGCCGGUGCCGGUGCCGGUGGUGGUAAGUCGCAUCAAUCGGAUCACCGCCGUGACAUCCUUUCCACAUCUACUAUCUCCGCCAACAAAAACAAUAGCUCAGACGUGGAAUCUGAAACCGAUAGCGAGGAGUCUGAUGUUAGUGGUUCUGAUGGGGAUGAUACAUCUUGGAUUUCAUGGUUUUGCAAUUUGAGAGGAAACAAUUUCUUUUGUGAAGUUGAUGAUGACUAUAUUCAGGAUGAUUUUAAUCUUUGUGGAUUAAGCAGCCAAGUUCCUUAUUUUGAUUAUGCACUUGAUCUGAUUUUGGAUGUCGAAUCUUCUCAUGACGCCUUCACUGAAGAACAAAAUGAAUUGGUUGAAUCAGCCGCAGAGAUGUUGUAUGGCUUGAUUCACGCUAGAUACAUCUUAACCAGCAAGGGAAUGUCUGCAAUGUUGGAGAAGUAUAAAGACUAUGAUUUCGGAAGGUGUCCUCGUGUGUAUUGCUGUGGUCAACCGUGUCUUCCUGUUGGUCAAUCAGACAUACCAUGUUCCAGCACUGUGAAAAUAUAUUGUCCCAAAUGUGAAGAUAUCUAUUACCCUAGGUCAAAGUACCAAGGCAAUAUUGAUGGUGCUUAUUUUGGAACCACCUUUCCUCACUUAUUCUUGAUGACUUAUGGGCACUUAAAGCCACAAAAGGCGACACAAAGCUUUGUUCCGAGAGUAUUUGGCUUCAAGCUGCAUAAACCGUGACCAUGGGUCAGUUCUCAUCCUCCCCCACAAUAUCUGAGCUGCAAAUAAGCCAGGUUUGGGAGGAAAGCUUGGCGAAUCAAACCGUCUUUUGCUACUAAUAAAUCACCUGCAUUUACAGCCGGUUUGAAGAACUUUGAACUUGAACGUAUUUAUUGCCAUCAGAUACACGGAAGGAUUGGAACACGACCCAAGAAAAAGAUAUCGUUAUGUCAGAUCAUGGAAAUCCAAGCAAUAUGCAGCAGCCCUAAAUAGUCAACUUGCACCGGUAGAUUUGUUCUGUAGUAAAAUAAAAAAAAAACUGUCUUGAUGAAUUAUAAGGAAAGUGUUUAUAUUAUUGCAGCAUAAACGUGUGAAUCGGUCGAUGGUUGUAGGACAUCAAUUCAAAAUCCUCAAGGUCGAAUUGGUGGAAAUCUAGUUGAACCUUUGUUAUUGUAUGUGAUUUUAAUUUAUUAAA